AAACUUAAUCGCUAAGUAGGUACUCAUCAUAUCGUUAUCUGAAUUAAGGCAUUAUAUCCGAGAUGGCAGCUUUAUAUAAAUUAGCAUAGCACUACUUGCAAUGUUGUUGUCGGUUCAGAGAGGAUUGCGAAAUGGCUACUGAAGUGAAAAACCCCGUCUCCAUGAUAGACCCCUCGCAGCUUCUGCGUCCAGAGCCGACGUUCAACGACAAACCAAUUGAUGCCUUCAGGGACUACUCCGUGGACGAUAGCGACCCCAUCAAGGAGCGUGUGCGCAGGACUUACUACCUCAUGCAUACCAAUGUCACUGUGGAUCUUGUCAACCAGAAGCGAGAGAAAUGGUUAAAAUUCAACCAUUUCAAAUCAACGAUCAAAGACGCCCUGAUCAAGCUGAACGACCUGGUGGACGAGUCAGACCCCGACACCGACCUGCCCAACAUCGUGCACGCCUUCCAGACCGCCGAGAGGAUCCGCCAGGACCACCCCGACGACGACUGGUUCCAUCUCACUGGACUUAUUCAUGACUUGGGGAAGGUGAUGGCCUUUUACGAUGAGCCGCAGUGGUGCGUGGUGGGAGACACCUUCCCCGUGGGCUGCAAGUGGGCUGACUCCAUCGUGUACGGCCCUGACAGCUUCAAAGACAACCCUGAUACUUACAACCCUAAAUACAACACAAAAUACGGCAUGUACUCUCCCCGGUGCGGCCUGGAUAAUCUGCUGAUGUCGUGGAGUCACGACGAGUAUCUCUACCAGUUUCUCAAGCACAACAACUCCAAGAUCCCGGAGAAGGGCCUCUACAUGAUCAGAUUCCACUCGUUCUACCCGUGGCACGCGGGGGGUGACUACCGGCACCUCACCAAUGAUAAGGACAAGCAGAUCCUGGACUGGGUGCUGGAAUUCAACAAAUACGAUUUGUACACGAAGAGCGAGCAGGUCCCUGACAUCGAAGCCCUGUGGCCCUACUACGAAGGACUUAUAGAAAAGUAUAUACCUGGCGUCUGCGAGUUUUGAAAUACGUACAUAUUAUGCGAAAAUAUACGACCUAUAAGUUUAGUUUUAUAUUGUUUUAUGUGAAUAUAUAUUCAAAAUAUAUGAUACUCUUGCUGCAA